AUGUUAUUAAUUCCAGGACCAGUCAGUUGUACAGAUUUAGUGAUCGACACAUUAGGACAAGAUUCUCUAACCCAUACAGGUCCAAGGUUUGCUGAAACAUUCAAAAGAGUACUACUUAACUUACGUAAAAUAUUUAAUUCUUCUAAAGAAAGCGGAUCAUUACCAUUAGUCCUUGCAGGUUCGGGAACCUUGGGAUUCGACUUAGUUGGAAGUAACUUAUGUCCAACAGGCAAGGAAAAAUUACUGCUUUUAUCUACUGGGUACUUCAGUGAAGAAUUAUGCGAAUGUUUGAGAGAGUUCUAUAAAUUGGAUGUCACAGUAUUGUCCAGUAAACAAGUGGGUGGUGGUAUCGAUAUAGUCGUGUUACAAGAGAUGUUACAGGAAACAAAGUAUGAUCUUGUGUUAAUGACCCAUGUAGACACAUCUACUGGUGUGCUAAACGAUGUUGAAAAGUUAUCUGGUUUGGUGCACAGCCACUCACCAGAGAGUUUGAUUGUCGUUGAUGCUGUGUGUUCCCUAGGUUGUGAGUCCAUUGAAUUUGAUAAAUGGGGGUUAGACUUUGUAUUCUCUGCUUCACAAAAGGCCUUGGGUGCACCACCAGGGUUAUCUAUUUCUAUCAUCAGUGAACGUGCGUUAAGGCUUGUACUAAAGGAACGCAACGAUGUGGAUGCACCACCAAGACCGUAUUUUACAUCAUUAAGGAAAUGGGUCCCAAGUAUUCAAUCAUAUGAAUUAGGUGGAAAGGUCCAUUAUUUUGCUACCCCACCGAUCCAAUUAAUCUUAUCGUUGGAUGUUGCAUUGAAGGAACUAUUAGAGACAGACUACGUAACUAACCAUUUGUCACGUAGUAACUGGUUAAAGAUGCAAGUGGUCGAAGAGAUGAAAUUGAGACUAGUCACAUUGGGUCCAGUUGAAAAGACUGCACACGGGCUUGCAGCUAUAUAUGUGUCAAAUCCAUCAGAAGUGAUGAAGAGAUUACAGGGUAUUGAUAUUGAUAUUGCAGGUGGGAUCCAUCCAGCCAUUAGGACCAAGUACAUUAGAAUUGGGUUAAUGGGUAGAGAUGCGACAAAGGAGAAUCUUUUGAAAGUCUUAGAAGUAGUCCAAGAAGUUGAAUCAGAAUCAUAUUGA